GCUGGGAUUGUCGAGGCGACCGACAUUGUUACGCACACCGUGGACGACUCAACAUGAAGAGCCAACUCGUUAAUAGCCGGACUUCGCUCCACGCCCUGCUGCUUCCCAUUCUCCUCCUAUUCACGCCGGGAUCGAAUUCCACCAGCAAAUUGCAUCUCGAUGAAGUGAUUGGAGAUGUCGUCGAGAAGCUGUUUGGCGCCGUCGUCCAGGACGAAUUCAGCGAAUUGAUGGACAACUGCCCAGACGCUUACGCGGCCCUCAAGAAAAGUGGCGACUGCAUCAGCAAUCGAAAUUUGUCCUACCAAAGAUUCAUCCGCCCUUCGCCGGAUCCUUCCGACGUCAAACAACUGUGCGAUGACCUUUCGGCCGCUGGCCAAUGUCUCGAGUCUGUGAUCGAAGCCUUGAAAUCCUGUACAGAAGGCAAAGAAACUCGGAGCCAGAAUAUCAGAGUCGUGGGGGCCAGCCUGGACGCUAGCCUCAAAUACUUUUGCGACAACGGAGGCUCCAAACUGAACCAAUUUUUCAAACAAGGACUGCCGCAAUGUUUCAUCAGACGGCCCGGAAGGCAUUUGGCCAAGUGCUUUCCCGGACGAAUAACCGGUUUGGCGUCCGAUCGCCAUCGGAAUAACAAUUACUGGGGACCCAUCGGUGAAGAUCACGAUUUCUUUGACGCUCACAAUUGCCAAUUGCUGAGGAACCACACGGAAUGUGCGGUCCGCACUCUACAGAAAUGCUCACCCGACGGUGUCACCGACGUCUUCCAGGGAGCCAUCGAGACCGUCAUGGACGAGCUAAUGUGCGUCGGAGAGAAGACGGAACAAGUGCAGGAAGAUAGUAAAAGCGGAGGAGGAGCUGCUGGUGGUAGUAGGCUUAUUCAUCGCUCGUAUUUAUUGAUGCCCAUGUUUGCAUUAGUAAUAUCCGGUUCCAUCGCUGGCGCUUGGCCAGCCUCCUCCGUCUCCUUUUGAGCUUGGCCCACGUCUAAACUACCCCCGUAUGCAAAUUUUGACAGACACACACACACACAGCCAUUUACAGCCGUUUUUCAAAAAGGGUGGAGAAAAAUAAAAAGAUAAUGCCGGAACGAGAAAAACGAAAUGGAUUGCAUUGAGCCAUUGGGUGAAGAUGGAGAGAGAGAGAGAUGGAUACCAAAUGGACCGAUCAGAGCCCACCCUUUUAUCUCUUCAAAAUAUGCCAAGCCAAGCGAAAAGAAAAACGACGUCACUCCCUUCUCCCUUCUCUCUCUCUCAAUCGUGUGCCUUUUUUGAUUUUGUUUCUAUUUCCUCUCUCUUGCGUAUUAAAUUCCUUGUCAAACUCAAUGAUCCAUGUUGUGAUUAUUGUCUCUUAUCUUCCUCUGUCUAAUCGAGCGCAUUACUCAACAAAACAAACAAAACCACGGGCGGAAAAUGCAAAAGCCCCAAAAGCAUUUCUUCCAACCUUAACUCGAUUGAAAUACAAUUGCGAUUUCCUGUCAA